AUGAACUCCAGCAACACCUCCGUGCUGACCCCCAAGGGCAGCAGGACAGAUGUGUGGGCCUCAGACUACGCUGCGAUCAACGCCGUGGCCUUGCUCACCUGCAUGUGUGGGAUGGCAGACAACGGCUGGGUCAUCUGGCUGCUGGUCUUCCGCACGCACAGGAACCCCUUCUGCGUCUACGUCCUCAACCUGGCCGGGGCUGACCUCCUCUUCCUGGUCACCCAGAGCGCCACCAUCAUUCUAGAGGCCAUCUUCCAGGACAAAGACGUGGAAGCCAUUGAGAUCGUGAGGAAGGUGAAGUUUUCUGUGUACAUGGUGUGUAUGUGCCUGAUGACGGUCAUCAGCAGCCAGCGCUGCCUCUCGGUCCUCUUUCCCAUCUGGUUCAGGCUUCACAGGCCCCAACACAUGUCCAGCACGGUGUGCGCCCUGCUCUGGGGGCUGUCCACCCUGGGAGGCGCCCUGGCGUCUUUAUCCUGCAAACAGCUAAGGCAUUCUAACCAACCGCCGUGCUCCACCCUGAAGGGAGCCAUAAGGACCCUUGUCCUGGGGGUCUUCACGCCCCUGAUGAUGCUGUCCAGCCUGGUCCUCUUUGUCCGCAUCCAGAUAAGUUCCAGGCAGUGGAGUCGGAGGCCCCCAAGGGUGCUUGUGGUCAUCCUGGUCUCGGUCCUGGUGUUCCUGGUCUUCUCGGUGCCCUACACCACCUUAUGGUUCAUGAUCAAUCACACAGAGCUGGACAAUCAGGUGAAGGCGCUGUUUGUCAGCAUAAUACGCCUCCUGAUGUCCCUGAGCAGCAGUGCCAACCCCGUCGUCUACAUCCUCGUGGGCAGAUGGAGGUCUCAGAGGAAGCGGGAGACACUGAGGGCCAUGCUCCGCAGGGCACUGCAGGAGGACCCUGAGGAGAUGGACAAUGAGACUCCGUCCACUGGCACGAACGCGGAAUCAGAGAGCCAGCUGCCCACGGUUCCCGCCCAGGAGAGCCCAACCCUGGGAAUUAGCACAGCCCCAGCCAGGCCCUGCCAUGGGGCAUCUGGAAGACUUUGCACCCCGCCAUGCUGGUGCCACUGCUCUGCGGUCCCCACCAGGCCCCCCACAGGGCGUGUGCUCUGGGCUUCCUCCUGA